CAAGCGAUUCCGCGUCCGUGUUGUGGCAGGCUGUGCGAAAUCCUUGAAUUUCGCUGAUUGUUCGCGCCCCAAAGAGAUAAAUCGCAUUUGGUAACAUCCGUGAACCCUUUUUGGAGUGUUCUAUCGAACGGUCUCGGUGAUUGACAUUCGUUUCCGCAGUUUUUAUCGCCGUUUGCUGUCCGAGCUCACGAAAAUGGCUGCUCAAAUCGCGGGUGUUUUUGAGAAAGGACUGCAGGAGAAAAUUGCCAACUCGAAGGUGCUGGUGGUGGGUGCGGGAGGGAUCGGAUGUGAGAUCCUCAAGAAUCUCGUACUGUCCGGCUUCCUGGACAUAGAAAUUAUCGACCUGGACACGAUCGACGUUAGCAAUCUCAACAGACAAUUCCUGUUCCACAAAGAGCACGUCGGUAAGAGCAAGGCAAACGUUGCCCGUGAAAGCGCGCUCAGCUUCAAUCCGAACGCCAAGAUCAAGGCGUAUCACGACAGUAUUACAACCAACGACUACGGCGUGCACUUUUUCCAGAAAUUUUCCGUCGUCCUUAAUGCACUGGAUAAUCGCGCGGCCCGGAACCACGUCAAUCGACUGUGCUUAACGGCGAACAUUCCGCUCAUCGAGUCCGGCACGGCCGGGUACAAUGGGCAGGUAGAACUGAUCAAGCGGGGGCUCACACAAUGCUACGAGUGUGUUCCAAAGCCCGCACAAAAGUCGUUCCCUGGCUGUACCAUUCGCAAUACUCCCUCGGAACCGAUUCAUUGCAUAGUAUGGGCGAAGCAUUUGUUCAAUCAAUUAUUUGGCGAGUCCAACGAUGAUGAGGACGUUUCGCCCGAUACGGCCGAUCCGGAGGCGGGUGAUAAAGCCGGCGAGGAAGCUUUGGCAAAGGAAGCGAACAAGGAAGGCAACGUGGAUCGCGUCAACACACGCACAUGGGCCAAGCAGUGUGAUUUUGAUCCGGCGAAAAUAUUCAACAAACUGUUCUUCGACGAUAUCAAGUAUCUUUUGAGCAUGUCCGACCUUUGGAAAACACGCAAGCCGCCGAUGCCGGUGGAGUGGGAAUCUUUGCUGGAGCCCGCAGCAGGAGCGACCGAAGAAGUAACUGAAAAUGUAGCUCAACGUGAUCAAAAGGUUUUGAGCAUGUUCGAAUCGGCCAAAGUGUAUGCCGAAAGUGUUGGGACGCUGAAGGAACUGUUCGCGAAACUUCCAGAGGGUGAUCAUCUAACGUGGGAUAAGGAUGAUAAGCACGCAAUGGAUUUUGUGGCUGCUUGCGCUAACAUUCGGGCAGAAAUUUUUGGAAUUGCACGCAAAAGUCGCUUCGAUAUCAAGUCGAUGGCAGGAAACAUUAUUCCAGCAAUUGCAACCACCAACGCGAUCACUGCUGGAUUGGUCGUGAUGAUGGCAUUCCGCGUGCUGAAGGAGGAAUACAGCAAAUGCAAUUCGGUCUACGUACGACUUGGACUGAACGGUAGAAAUCAGCUGUUUGUUCCGGAGAGCGCCAUCGUGGCUCCGAAUCCGAAAUGCUACGUGUGCGGUGCCAAGCCCGAGGUGAUCCUCCAAGUGGACACGAAGAACGUUACCAUCCGCGAGCUGCGUGACGAUAUACUGAUCAAGACACUCAAUAUGGUUAGCCCGGACGUGAUUCUCGAUGGAACCUCCGUGAUUGUGAUUUCGUCCGAAGAGGGCGAAACCGAUUCCAACAACGAAAAGAAGCUUGCGGAACUCUACAUCGUCAACGGUUGUGUGCUAAAGGCGGAUGAUUUUCUGCAAAACUACGAGCUAACCAUAACCGUGCUUCAUAAAGAUCCUGGUCGCGAGGAAGCGUCGUUCGCUAUCGUGGCCGAUCCGGAUUCAUUGAAGCCGAAAGAGUUAGUAGAGGUCGAUAAGGUUACCGAUGCUGCCGAUGAUCAACAACCGUCUACAUCCAGCGCACAAAACGGCGGACCUUCCCAUGCCAAGAAGGCUCGCAUCGCCGUACAAGAUUCGGAUGACGAUAUGUACAUAGUGGAGGACGACGAAGAAAAACCCUCCACCUCGGGCAUCAGCAUAUCUUCACCUUCCGAGGUCGCCGCUGGUAGCAGUUCGGUGUUGGAAAAACGAAAGCACACCCAAGACACGGAAGCACCUGCGUGUAAGAAAGUUAAGGUCGCCGCUGAACUUCAGGAUGAGGAAAACGAUGGUUUGAUCAUUAUUCCGGAUGAAUAAGCGGCUUACAACGCUUUCGCAUCUUUCGCUUGGAACACAUUUAUUAAUGUAUCUAAGAUAAUCGUCUUAAUCGUAAAUCAUUCUCUUCUCAAUAAAAUAUGUCCAUCUUUAGUAAUUUAUGUUCUCUUCUGCCGUUGCAGCUGUAUUUCGACAA